GUUCUACUCGGCGCGGUGCUGCCGGCUAAGGCGGGGAGGUUCGCGAUAUAUUAACUGAUUACCCCUCCGCCGUGGACACCGUAAACAUUACAAUAUUUAUAUCUCACCAUCUCCCUCGUCUCUCUUCCUCUUCUCUUCUAUUGUCAUCUGUGUUUUUUCUGAACUAUCCAUCAACUUCCUCCUAAGGAAUAAGAACUGCUGCUCUGCUCUGCAUUUGAUCGAUCGUCGCUGGUUCGUCAUUCUAUCUAGCUUGAAUCGACACCCCCCUCUCUCCUCAACCACCUCAAACAUGCCUACCACCAGCUUCCGUCUCUUCCAGAAACCCCUCAUCGCCACAUGCUUCCCCGCCGCACGACUCACCCAACCGAGUACUUCCCCGCACGCCCGCCGCAUCCCAUCAUCCACCACCGCAGUUUUCACCCGCAACUCCUCCUCCGCGCUCAAGCAGGUCCUUCGCGACGAGUCAAUUCCCGCAAAGCGUGAACUUUUUAAGAAACUCAAGACAGAAUAUGCCACAAAGUCGCUCGGAUCGGUUGACGUCGCAGCCGCAGUCGGCGGCAUGCGCGGCUUGAAGUGCAUGCUUUGGGAAGGCUCUCAGCUCGACGCAAACACCGGCAUCAGAUUUCACGGCAAGUCAAUCGCUGAAUGUCAGAAGCUUCUACCAAAAGCACCAGAAGGAGGAGAGAUGCUCCCUGAAGGCAUGUUUUGGUUUCUCCUCACUGGAAAUAUUCCCACGGUCGAACAAGUCCGAGGUCUCUCUGCGGAUCUGGCAAAGCUCUCAGACAUCCCAGACUAUGUAACUACCCUUCUUGACAACCUACCGCCGACCAUGCAUCCCAUGACGCAGAUAUCAAUUGCCGUCGCUGCCCUGAACCACGACUCAAAGUUUGCAAAGCUAUACGAAUCUGGCAAGCUCUCAAAGGCAGACUACUGGGAGCCCACCUUUGACGACGUGAUUAGUUUGGUUGCAAAGCUGCCUGUCCUAGCAGCUAAAAUCUACCAAAACACGUAUCGCGGCGGCGGCCCGCUGCCGGCUGAGGUGGAUCCAUCGCUCGACUGGGCGCGCAACUUUUCAAACCUGCUGGGCGUCUCGCAUGAUGCCGACUUUGUCGACUUUAUGCGCCUCUAUCUCGCCCUGCACGGUGAUCACGAAGGCGGGAAUGUUUCCGCCCACGCAACCCAUCUCGUUGGCUCUGCUCUCUCGGAUCCGUUCCUCGCCUACUCUGCAGGUCUCGAGGGACUGGCCGGUCCACUCCAUGGACUUGCUGCGCAGGAGGUUCUGCGCUUUAUUCUCGACAUGAAGCAAGGGCUGCCCGAGUCUUACUCUGCGACUCAUAUCGAAGAUUAUCUCUGGAGUGUUCUCAACUCUGGGCGCGUAGUGCCAGGCUACGGCCAUGCAGUUCUGCGCAAGCCCGACCCGCGCUUUGAAGCACUGAUCGAGUACGCGCGCGCGCGCCCCUGGAUCAGCUCUGGCGACGCAGUCAUCAGACUCGUGCUCGAGACCUCGACGGUGGCGCCCAGGGUUCUCACCAAGCACGGCAAGACAAAAAAUCCGUACCCGAAUGUCGAUGCCGCGUCGGGUGUUCUCAUGCACCACUUUGGGCUCACGCAGACUAUGUUCUAUACAGUCGCGUUCGGUGUUUCGAGAAGUAUUGGUCCGCUCACGCAGUUGAUUUGGGAUCGUGCUCUGGGAUUGCCGAUUGAGAGACCGAAGAGCAUCACGAUGAAGACCGCGAUGGAGCUUGCCAAAUAGUUUACAGUAGAGCCGCUAAAAUCAAUUUUCUAGCUCUAGAUAAAUAUCCAUCAACCACUCCGGAUCUAGAAUCCAGACAGACGCAGUAAUUAACUCGCAGGCCAAACGCGGCCAACGUCAUAGC